GACAAGGAAGAAAGAGUUGCCAGGUAGCGAUCUCUUGCUUCUAGCACUUAUUAGCGAAAUAUUGACGGUAACUGAGGGGGGGAAACCACCUCAUCGCAAAGCGUAGACGUAACGAUAGGUGGAAUGGUGUGGGGUAAAGGAACCAGAAUUAUUAAUGAUAGUAAACGCGACCCUUCGAGACCAUGACAGAAACAAGCAUCUCGGAAUUGAGCCGCACGAGAAAAGAUUAGUGAUAGUGUUCGUGUUGUCAGUCUUCUGACAAGCACGUACUGAACCUCCCCACCCGCACCAACACCACCAUGUCCGUCCCACAGACCAUGAAGGCCGUCCAGGUCGAAAAGCUAGGCGGUCCCGAGGUCCUCGAGUUCAAGUCCGACCAGCCCGUGCCCAGUCCCCAGGAGGGCCAAGUGCUGGUCAAGAACCACAUCUCGGGCGUGAACUACAUCGACACGUACUUCCGGACCGGUCUGUACCCGUCCGCGAAGCCCGAGAUCCUCGGGCGGGAGGGCGCCGGCACCAUCGUGGCGCUGGGCCCGGGGCCCAACCCGUACAACCUGCAGGUCGGGGAUCGGGUCGCCUGGCUCAGCACGGGCGGCUACGCCGAGUACACCGCCGUGCCCAUGGCCAAGACGGUCAAGAUCCCCGAGGGACUCAGCGACGAGGACGUGAUGGCUGCGUUCCUGAGCGGCCUGACCGUCAUCACCCUGGCCAAGGAGACCUACCCGGUCAAGCAGGGCGAGUGGGUGCUGCUGCAUGCCGCCGCCGGCGGGGCGGGCACCCUCAUGACGCAGGUGCUCAAGUCGAUCGGCGCCAAGGUCAUCGGGACGGCCGGGGGUCCGGAGAAGUGCGAGCUGGCCAAGAGCCUCGGCGCGGAUGUGGUGAUCGACUACCGUAGUGAGGCGGGCAAGGACUGGCCCCAGAAGGUCAAGGAGAUCACGGGCGGUCAGGGCGUGGAUGUGGUCUUCGACUCCGUCGGCAAGGACACCUGGGAGGGAAGCUUGGAGGCCGUGAAGCGCAAGGGUACCAUCGUCUGGUUCGGUAAUGCCAGUGGUCCGGUGCCGCCUUUGCCUCUACAGAAGCUCUCCCCCAAGUGUGUCAAGGUUGCUCGACCUCAGCUGUUCGGCUACAUCGAGACUCGCGAGGAGUUUGAGUUCUACGUCAACGAGCUCUUCUCGCUGCUCCAGUCUAACAAGCUCAAGGCUAGAGUCCAUAAGGUCUAUCCUCUGCAAGAUGUCGCCGAGGCACACCGUGAUCUGGAAGGCCGUAAGACUACCGGAAAACUGCUUCUGAAGUCGUCUUAGGCUUGUCGCUAUUGAUCAUAAUGAGUGUAUGUUCGUUCGAGAUAGUUAUACUAGGCUUCUAUAUGAAGGGUCGGAACAAUAUUCAUGCCUUCUUAUUCUCUGA